UGUGAUUCUGAAUUUUUCCAUUUGUCUUUACGCAUUCAGUUCUUAUUUCUCAAAUUCUCACUUCUCAAAAGUCAAAAUACGCCAUUUUUGAUCUCUGCAUCCAAUACAUAGAUAUGGCUUCAAGCAAAGGCGCAGUUAUCAUAAUCAUGGGAGUAAGCGGGGCCGGAAAAACCACAAUAGGUCGGAGGCUGGAAAGAGAGAUGAAAUCUAAGUAUCUUGAUGCUGAUGAUUUUCAUUCUGAAUCAAACAAAGAAAAGAUGCGUAUGGGAAUCCCACUUACAGAUGAAGACAGAAUGCCAUGGCUUGAAUCACUAAGGGAUGCCAUAAGAGAAAGCUUGAUUAACAAAAAGGGUGUUAUUCUUGGUUGUUCUGCUUUGAAGAAGCAAUAUAGAGAAAUACUUAGAUCAGGUGACCCUGAUUAUAAAUGGGGGAGUUAUGCAAGUGCUGUUAAUUUCAUUCUGUUGGAUGCUCCUGCUGAAGUGCUAAGCCUUCGGUUAAAUAAGAGAGCUGCAGAAGGAAAACAUUAUAUGCCUGCAUCUCUUCUGCAAUCUCAGUUGGAUUUGCUUAAGAUUGAUGAGUCUGAGGGAAUUCUUAGAGUUGAUGCUACUUUAAGUCCCCAAUCCAUUGUUAACACCAUUCAAAAUAUGCUGCAGUAAUAGGGUUGUUUUCAAUCAUGAUUUAGUUGAAACCCAUUAAGAAAUUAGUAAAGUGGGAUCAUUACUUCAGGUUUCAACUGUAGUUGUACAAAUAAAAA